CUCUUAUCCAGUAACUGUAGAAUGUCAAACGGAAGAGAAGGAAUUUUUGUCAAUGGCCUUUGGGUCGAGAAAGAACCAUUGAAAGGUGUCCCUGAAGUCGACGAGGUUGGAUGUACUUCGGCUCCUCUACAAUCCAUCUCUUUUCAUUUUGGUGCUGCCUGCAAGAGCUACAACGAAGACUAUAUCCUUUGCAAAAAGGAGAAUGGUGAUCCCCGCGACUGUCUGGCUGAAGGCCGUAAAGUCACUCGUUGUGCCUUGGAUUUCAUCUCCAAACUCAAGGAAAACUGCGAUGAGUCAUGGACUAAACACUGGCAAUGUCUUGACAUGUCCAAUCAGCGUUUUCAAAAAUGCCGCAAGGAAGAGCGACAGCUAAACGAUUGCAUCUUUGACAAACUGGGCAUUUCAAAGAACAUCCCUGAUUACGAACCAGGCCAGACACAGAUCCAUCUCAAAGAAAACCCAAUGUACAAGUAG